AAUGUUACAGGUGUAACGGUACAGUGAAUCAUUGCAUAAUAUACGGUACCGAACGUGGUUUUGGAUUCGCUGAACCGUACAACAUACACAAGAGUUUGAAACACUUGGUGCUACAUUACGCUCAGAAUUCUCUGGAAGAACACAAUGAGAGUCUAAACACGACUCUAGCUUAUCCGGCUUUCGCCUCGCCUGCGGCGUUAUCAAAGUUACAAAUGAAGAUGCACACGCAAAACCAAUUACAGUUAACACGUCCUCUUGAAAAUCAACAUUAUAUGACGCACACGUAAUACCCGUGUGCCGAUCAGUUACAAAUAUAGUUUACAAAGGUAUUAGGAGAUAUACGUGUGCACGCAAGUUUACUUGGUAUUUAAUUACCAAGAUUCGAAAUCGAAAGUGAAUGCGAUGACGACAAAUAAUUUUUCGAAGAAGAUUCUGCAAAAUUUAUAUAUAUAUAUAUAUUCGUUUAAUCGGUAUUUACGGUUAUUAAGGAGAAACUAACACGCGAUAAUUGAUCGUUCCAUUUUUAUAUAGGCUGGAAGUAAAUGACACUUCCUUGAACGAAGUACAGUGGUAUUGAUAAUGAAGUGCGAAACAUUGGUAGCGAUAAUAACCUCGGAAGCUGCUGUAGUACAGUAAGGUAUACGUAUGUUAUAUACGUAUGUUACCGUGGCGCUGCAGCAAUAGUUUUGGUCGACAGGAUCGAUGAAACAUUUUACGCGCAAGAUUUUACAAUUUUCUCGAGGUCAACUGGUUUUGACGGAUCUUGUCGACAAAACCAACGAAAUCGACGCAAAAAUUAACCGAGAGUGAAAAUAGGUUUUUGCCGCCCAUUUAUUAUUUUAUAUUCGAGAUAGAGAAGAAACAUUUGGAAUUGUGUUUUCCGUUACAUUUUUUUUUUUUUUCGAGAUGCACUUAUUAUUCGAUCGAAUACGUCAGAGUUAAUAGAGGCAUAUAUCUAGUCUUAUAGGCAAAUUGAUGGAAGACACGAAUAAUAGAGCAGGACAGAAAACAAUAAGUCUGACUAGGCUCAAACUACUCGCAACUUUCGAUUGGUAAUCAGGGUAGUUGCAUUUCGUAAAAAAAAAAGGAAAAAAAAAAGAAAAAAAA